UAGUAUUAUUUUAUUGAUCUUUUUUGUAUGUUUGAGUAUUUUCUUGUUAAUACCUUUGUUUUGUUAGACAUGUUUGAUGUAGCAAUGUAAGUAGAUUUUUGUAUUGUGAAUAAAAAAAAAUAAUAAGAAAAAGACCUCGCAACAGUAACUAGGGGGCGCGGCUUGAUAAUGUCUCUAUUAUGACGUCACAAAGCAUGCAGUUAAAAAUAGAGUCUUGUGUAUUUUGGUUCAGUCAUCGAUAUGGAUGUGUAUGAAGAAGUAGGUGUACCGGAGUUUGGUGCUACCUGGCCCGCCAUGACGAUGCCCGACCAAGGAGUGAUUGACCAAUUUACCAUUUUCUUCGCGCUUUUUCUUGGAGGACUAAAGGAUGUAGGCCUGAGUACAAAACUAGACAAGGACAUUUCCUGAACAUAAUGUGUGCUUGCUUGUAUUGAAGUAGGCUAAUAAUGGUAGAAGUUUGAAGCGCUUGUGGCUGGUGUAGUCUAUGGAGCUUAAUGCAAAUGUGAAAUGGCUUUAGUUGAACGAGUAGUUAAAUAGCAGUGGUGGAAAAAGUACCCAAUUGUCAUACAUAAAAGUUAAGAUACCUUCAUAGAAAAUCAAGUAAAAGUGAAAGUCACCCAGUAAAAUACUACUUAAAUGAAUGUUUUUGGUUUUAAAUAUACUUAAGUAUAAAAAGUAAAUGUAGCCUAUAAAUCAUUUCAAAUUGCAUUUAUUAACAAAACCAGAAGGCACAAUUUUCUUGUUUUAAUUUACGGAUAGCAAGGAGCACACUCCAACACUUUUACAAACAAAGUGUGUUUUGUGAGUCCGCCAUCAGAGGCAGUAGGGAUAACCAGGGCUGUUCUCUUGAUAAGUGCAUGAGUUGGACAAUUUUCCUGUCCUGCUAAGCAUUCAAAAUGUAACAAGUACUUUUGGGUGUCAGGGAAAAUGUAUGAAAUAAAAAGUACAUUAUUUAGGGCCUCCCCAUAGGCGCAGCGGUCUAAGACACUGCAUCGCAGUGUUGCGGUAUCACUACAGCCUGGGGUUCGAUACCAGGCUGUGUCAUUACCAGCCGUGACCGGGAGUCUCAUUGGGCGGUGCACAAUUGGCCCAGCGGGUGAGGGCAGGGUUUUGGGGAGGCUUUACUUGGCACAUCUCGCUGUAGUGGUGGGCCCGGGCGCCUGCAGGCUGACUUCGGUUGUCAGUUGAACAGUGUUUCCUUCGACACGUUGGUGCAGCUAAAAAGUAAAAGUACUUUAAAGUACUACUUGAGUAGCUUUUGGGGGGGAUUUGUACUUUAUUAAAGUACUUUACACCACUGGUAAAUAGUACCCACAGAGAUCCUUUAUGGUAAUCUACCUUUCUACCUCACUGACAGUCCAUUCCAUCUGAUGUGAAUUCCAUAAUAAAUGGUAAUGUGACAAUUGUUUGUUUGUCCAGUUUCUCUUCUCUCUAGAAGAGGAAUGGUUUGGAGCAACCCAUCCUGGAGUGGGAUGGGAGCUCACUCUCCCUGCUGUCCUGAUUUUUUUUGGUGUGAUAUUCCUAUGGAGGACCGUCCUUGCGAUCAAAAGCAGGAUACGUCUAUUGACUGAGACACAGCUAAACGUGAAACUCGCCCAGCUAUCGAAAAAGAAAUGUGACAUAAUGAUUCAAUUGUCUGAAAUGGAGAUACUGUUGAAGGACUAUGACGCGCCAGUGAAAAGGUUGCGGGCAUGCCUGCAGUCCUCUCAGGAGGAUAAUCAGGAUCUGGAGAAUAUGAAGAAACAAUGGGACAUCAGAGCUGGAGAAAUGGAGGCAUUUCAUCUACAACUCCGGGAGCGUGUUGAACACAUACAGAAACUGAAAGCUGUUUGGGGACUGAUGGAACCACUUAAAGAGCAUCACGGUGGGGAUGCCAGGAUCCCUAGUGGCACCAACACCCAAUCUACCGAUAUCAAGAGUGAGGAAAACAUUGAGAUCGAGGUCAUUGUGAUGAAGGAUUCAACCUUAAUCAAAACCACACUGGAGGAGGUGAACAGGGGUCUUCAGGACACAAAUUGUCAGCUUGAAGAGAAGAAUGCCGCUCUACAUCAAGAACUCCACAGCACUGAGAAGAUGUAUAGACAGACUCUAAACGAGCUGACCAAAGCCCUGAUUCAAGGCAAACAUGAGGAAAAGCAACAUAUUGACACGCUACAAGAUAAAAUCCAGACCAUAUCUCUGAAAGCCUCUGCUGCCGAGCAUGAUCUGGCCAUGGAGAAGAAUGAGACAGCGCUACUCCGCCAGAGGAUUGUUCAACUAACCUCAAAGAAGCUGAAAAUAGGAAUACCUGGGUUCCUGAUCAAGAACAUUCCCAAGCGCCCGAAAACAACCAAGACCAACAAGCCCUUCUUGAAGACCUGCAAAGUUCUGAAAGCUUUCAAAGCACUAUUCAAGAGAUGAAGGCAAUGCAUACAAUUGUACAUUUGGUGCAAUUAUUCUCAGGACACGGGGUGAAGCAGAGUACAAUAAAUAAAUCCUGAUGCCUUAUUCCAUCAAGAAGUCUUCUUUAAAAUCAACCAAGCUAAAUUGAACACGUGUUUUAUGUAAUUUAUAUGGUAGGUCUCAUUAGAUAUCAUCCAACUCUUUAAAAAUGUCUUUGUAUGCAGAUUUCUGCUCUGUUGCCAUUAGGUAAGAUACAACUCCAUGGGGCUUACCUGCCAAGACCUCCAUGGAAGCCACAUAACCCAUCAUUUACCAAAGCCAAAUGAUAGGACAAUGAUGAAGUCUAUUAUCUAGGUCUCCAGGGCUAUUUUGGUGACGGGAAACCCCCACGUGAAGGUCGAUUUGUCCCCACUUUGCAACCCAGACUCUCUUUAGGGACCUGAGCUGCCCAAGAAACCAAAGCAUCUGGACAUUUUAACAGUCGCAGAUGGUUCACUUAAAUGCUUUGCGAAGAAGCACGAGAAGGACAAGAGUGGACGAAUAGAUGUCCAUUCAGCGAGACGCGCGAGUUAGCCUAGAAACAAAGGGAAAUGUAGGCCUAUACUAAUUUAUGAAAAUAAGAACAAAUCCUCUUUCUCGUGAGUGUUGCGGGUGUAAACUUGUCUUGCAUAAACUUAUCUUGGAGGAUUGCAUACGGGUAAAUUAAUGUAUUUAAAUGUUUGACUCGAGUACGAGAAGAACAAGAACAACAUUUCCCCAACACAUUAGAUUUGUGCAGGGUAAAUACUCAUGAUAAUGGCAAAAAGAUGUAAUUAAAACUAAAUGUAUAAGCCUACUUUGGGGAAACAAAUGACUAAAUAUCCUAUAGGGAAAUAAGGAGACCCAACAAUAGUGAUUAGUGAAAUUCAACAAUGUGCUUUAGUAACGACAGAGACACACUGAGUCUGCUUCGUCACACAGUAUAAUAAGUGUUUGACUUAAAUUGGGUUUAACAUAAAAACGGAAGUUAAUUGCCUAUUAAAGAAGGCACGUUUAAAUAUAGAUGCUCUGGUGUCUGGUCCCUUACAGAUUGUUAGGCCUAUACAUUUGAUUCCUAUCUGAUGUGUGUUCAUACCACUCAAGAUUUUAUGUUGAGCACUUGUUGGCCUAUGUUCCUGAGUUGGUUGUUGGAAAUCAUUUUGUAUGCAGUUGAGAAUAAACAUACACUGCUCAAAAAAAUAAAGGGAACACUUAAACAACACAAUGUAACUCCAAGUCAAUCACACUUCUGUGAAAUCAAACUGUCCACAAUAACUUUCACAUGCUAUUGUGCAAAUGGAAUAGACAACAGGUGGAAAUUAUAGGCAAUUAGCAAGACACCCCCAAUAAAGGAGUGGUUCUGCAGGUGGUGACCACAGACCACUUCUCAGUUCCUAUGCUUCCUGGCUGAUGUUUUGGUCACUUUUGAAUGCUUGCGGGGCUUUCACUCUAGUGGUAGCAUGAGACGGAGUCUACAACCCACACAAGUGGCUCAGGUAGUGCAGCUCAUCCAGGAUGGCACAUCAAUGCGAGCUGUGGCAAGAAGGUUUGCUGUGUCUGUCAGCGUAGUGUCCAGAGCA